AUGCUCGAGGUCUUUUCCGAUUCUCACAAUGAGAACUGUCGCCCGGGUCUUUACGGCCCCUGUGGAAAGCGAAAAGGAGACGCUUCUGGCGCUGCUUCCGCAAUACGGGCUCAAACUAGCCCCGGACGGGAUCCAUAUCCAGUGGGCUCUGGGCAAUUGCCGACAUCCGCGAAACUGGAGCUUGCAACGACUGCCAUUAGCACUGCCGGCUCAACUGCGGCCAACAAUGCCGUCCACGACUUCAAGAUCUCCAAAACCCUGUCAAUCUUCCUUUUCGUCUCCAUAUAUCUUAUCGGCCAAGCCAUCGGGGGUGUCGUGUUCCCCCCAUACUCUGAAGUAUUUGGCCGGAAGAAGCUCUAUGUGGCAAGCUCAGCCCUAUACGGCAUGUCAUGCAUCCUGAUUGCAUCCGUACCAUCAUUGAUAGGAGUAGCGAUGGGCCGAUGUCUCUGCGGGUUUCUGUCCGCCAUCCCCACGACUGUUGUAGUGGGCAGCAUUGAAGACACCUUCAAUUCCCGCGAGCGAGUCUGGGUAAUCUGCCUUUGGACCAUGUUCGCCAAUCUGGGCCUCGUCGUGGGUCCUAUCCUCAGUACCUUUGUCGUGGCCUACACCCACUGGAGAUGGCUUUUUUACAUCGCAGCCAUCGUAACCGGAGUCCUCACCCUCCUACUCCUCACUAUACACGAAUCUCGUCCCUCCCUCCUCCUUGCCCGCGAAGUCGCCACUCUUCGAAAGGUCACCAAAAUCGACACCUUGGAAGGUCUCAACCCGGAUAAAGCCCCGGACAUGCGCAGCUUCGUCCGCAUCGCGCUCUUCCGCCCCAUCCGCCUCCUCUUCACCGAGCUCAUUGUCUCCGUCGUCUCCAUCAUCAGCGCCGUCGCCAUCGCCCUAGUCUACCUUUUCACCGAAGCCCUUCCCCCGAUCUACGAAUCCUUCGGCUUCACCCGAAAACAAGCCUGCCUUCCCUUCAUGGCCAUCGGACUAGGUCUCUCCCUCGGUCUCCUCACCCGCUGUCUCGACCUCCGCAUCAUCACCCACCACCGAGCCCAAGGCCGACCACUGCUCCCCGAAGACAAAUUGACCGGGUUCUGGAUCGGCGCACCCAUACUCGCUGUAGCGUUAUGGCUUUUUGCCUGGACCAUUCCUCCCGCUGUCACGAAUCUCCCUUGGCUUGUGUCGGUCGCAGCUCUCGUGCUGGCUGGGUAUAGUCUCAAUGAGAUGGACUACGUGCUGGGCGGGUAUCUGACGGAUAGUUAUCUCAGCUAUGCGGCGAGUGGUCUGGCGGCGUUGAGUCUGGUGAGGGCAUUGUUGUCUGCUGCGUUGCCGCUUAUCUCGGCGCCUAUGUUGGAGCGACUCGGGGCUAAUUAUAGUGUUUCGGUGUUGGCCGCCGUAGCGACGGUAUUUUGUGCUGUGCCGCCGUUGUUUUCGAGACCAUAUGUCAGGGCUAACAUCACGAGCGAGAAUUGUUUCAGGCCAUUUAUCAGGGGUAUUGGGGGGGUGUACCUUUCUACCUCCAUUCCCCUUGCAGAGGAAAAGCUUCUUUCCCAAUUCAACCUGUAUGGACAACCUCACUCUGUAGAAAAGGGGUCCAUCGGUUUCACCAUAGCGCGUACCCCGGGUACACAACUACCCAGCUAG